CAAAUUCUAUUUAGUCGAACAUGGUUCCGCGUGUGAAUCGGUACGCGAAUAUUUCUCUCCGCGAAAAUUUAUAAAUUUCGUAUCGUGGAAUGGUUUUCGUUCGAUAUUAACGGAUAUAUAAACGUAUGUGUCGAAUAUCGUUGUGCAUUUCGUGUUUAAGUGAUAAUUUACCAGUGAACGAUGUGAUAUCAUUGAUUACGAUGAAUUCGAUACAUAUUUGAAAAGCGUAUUUACGUAAUUACUUCAACAAUUCGGUAUCUUUUGCGUCGAUUCGAUUGUUGUCGCGAAAAAAUUAUUCCAUUUUGAUUCUUUUCGGGUAUGAGAUAUAUCUUAAAUUCGAAAUUGAGUUCGUAUUGUAUGAGAAAAAUCGUUAUUCAAGAUGCGAAGAAGAAUCUUGAACUUUCGGAAUUCCGAGGAUCAAGCUAGCGAAAAUAUCGAUACGACGCCAUUGCGCAGAAGCACCAUAGCAUUCCCGCGGUUACGUUUAUACAAGGACUUCAAAUCGGAUAAAGAUAGUCAAAAACCGGUGGUGGUUGACAAUUGUCAAGUAACGAUUGAGAAAUCUGUCCAACAAAUCGUUAAAAAGUACACGCUCAAAGCGCCGAAGAAAACUUAUUACGAGGACAGAUUCAUAAAGUUUAAUUACAAUUUGGAAGCUGCUAAUUAUCUUUUGAAGAAAAGGAACGAGGAUCGAUUGCAAAGGGACGAGAUCGAUGUGUUCAAACAGGUGGACUCUCUGCACACUAGAUGGCAGAGGAAAUUUAUGCACCAAUUAAUGGUGAAAGAAAACGUAAUACCAGGGGUGAGACAGAAACAAGUGCUGCGCGCAAACCACUUAUCGACGGAAAACAAGUUGCCUGGAAACUUAGCUGGCCGGCCUAGGGAGCUGUGGGACGAGGAUCAGUUUGAAGAUGGAAUGUGGAAAUCGAAGCCGCGAAAGAGGCCUUUAAUAGGCAUUAUAGACUCCAUAUUAGAUAUGCCCGGAUUCCAAACUUCGCCGCGUCCAACGUUGCCGAUGCAGGGACGUCUGGUCGAUUGGGGGUCGAAAAAUAUCAUCGCAGCGGCGGUCCAGGAUAUCGUGACGCUGUACAACGGGCAGAAUGCAGGCGAUAACACGGAGCUGGAGAACGUGGAAAUAUCCAAUAUUUCCGCGCUCAAGUGGAACAACGCGGGUACGAAGCUGGCCAUUUGCACCAAGUCGUCGCAGGUGAACUUGUACUGCGUCAACUCUCAAAAGAUAAUUUGGACGAGCCCGUGCUGCGGCAAGAGCUACUUGCCACUGUGUUACGCCCGUUGCAUCUGCUGGCCCCAGGAUGAUCGAUACGUCAUCACGUGAGUGCAAUCCAAAAAAGAAU